CAACCACAAAGAUACUGUUGCGCAGACCAUGAAGUGCGUUAAAGGCAGUGCUGCAUUUAAAGACACUUCCUUCCACCUGCUGGCUUGUGCCUGAAAUGUGAUGACCAAGGAGUCCUCAACAGCUCAUAAAGAAAGAUGGAUCGUAAUGAUGAGAGAAUCAAAAGAGCUUUAAGACGCCGCCCUUAUGUGUUGAAACCAGUGAGGGUGAACACCCCUGAUUCCGUGUUGUGGCCAACCGGCAAGGUGCACAGAAGGCCAAAGCCUUCUAAUUCAGUGCAGACCCCUCAGAUCCACAAAAGGCCUCCAAUCAUUGUGAGCUAUGGGCAGGACCAGACAUCUGGGGAUGGAUGGAGCAUCAAUCUAGAGCCUCUCAGCCAGUCUGGAAGGGUGACUCGGCUGAUAGAGAGAAAAUAUCAUGACGUGAUCUCAUCCUCCAGUUCUGAUGACUUUUCCAUCUACUCCUUCACUGACUGUGAAUCUGAGUGUGAUGAUGAGGAUCAUGAAAGGUGGACACCAAAGCUGAAAGUUGAGAAUGGAAAGGAGACAAAGCUUGAUGUGAGGGAUAUGGACGAGGAUGAUGAUCUUUCUCUCCACUCCUUCGAUGACUCAGACUUCCUGAGCCCAGGGAAGGUCUCAGGUCCUGUAUCUGUCAAGAAUGGCCUCUCUCCUCUUGUAACCUCAGCACACCGGACACUGGCUGAAGCCCUACGGGCCCUGCCCUCUGCUGUAGGCUCUCCCUACCCAGUAAAUGUUCCAAGGCCUCGGACUCCUCUCAACCCUGUCAUUAUCGCUCCGCCCCGAACAGAGAACUUCCCAUACCGCCACAGCCCUCGCCUGGCUCCCAUCACCAACCUGAGCGAGACCGGCAGGAAGCUGCUCCAGGAAAUGGCUGGAGUGACCCCACAGGUUUCUUCAGUGGCUGCUGUCCAAACUGAGAUGUUCAAAGAAAUAAUGGACAACUAUUACUUCUAACACACACACACAGAUUUUGAGUAUUGGUUAUUCCUACAACACACACAAAUGUAAUUUCAGAGACAGGAACUAUGAUUAGCAAAAUACAUAUAUUGGUCUCAUUCUUAUAUUUUGAGACAUGCAGCAUUAUUUAAAUAAAACAUAUAUAUUGAUCCCCAUACAGCCUAUGAUAAUGAAUUGGAUUUACAUGCUUAGGCUUGGAAAUAUAGCCAGGAGAAGCAAAGGACAGCACCAACCUUAGGGCAGUGUCACUGGUAUUGGGGUCAUAGGUCUCCUUUGGCCAAAGUGAAGAGUUGAGGGCCCCUUACUGGUCUCCUUGCAAUAUCUGGUCUCCCACACAGAGAUGGAAAUCUACACCUGUUUAGGCCUUGGAGGAUAUGGCUUCAGAUGAAAGACAGCAGAGAGAUGCAGAAGGUAAAAGUUUCAAACACAUUGAUAUGCAAAUUCAGGACCAUUAUACACUGAAGUGGAGCAUGCAUCUGGUCUGAAGCAUGUCAAAAGAGUAGAAAUGAACUGGGACUGGAGGAAUA